AUGACUUUCAAACUUCCAACAGACAAAUCGGGAAUCCCAUUGAUUGGUAUUGGAUCAGGCACUUAUUAUUAUAAGAAGGACAAGCAUGCUCCUGUCAACGAGCAGCUAGUCAAGAUCUUCACCACAGCAGUGAAGGAGGGUUUUGUGCACUUGGACUCUGCUGAGGUUUAUGGCAACGACGCCGAAUUGAGGGAUGCCUUGAAACAGUUGGUUGGUGGCGGGGUCAAGCGUGAAGAUAUAUUCAUCACUGACAAAUACUAUGCCGGUGAUGGAAGCUACAGUGCACAUUCACCAUUUUCCAAUCCUUAUGAAAGAAUCAAGAGUUUGGUCAAAGAGUUGAACACUUCCUAUGUUGAUUUGUAUCUACUUCAUGCGCCGUUUAUCAAGAAGGAAAGCCAUGGUUUUGAUUUAAAGGAGGCCUGGAAGUAUCUACAGCAGGCAAAGGACGAAGGGUUAGCCAAAAGAAUCGGUGUUUCCAAUUUCGGUGUUGAAGAUCUCAAGGAAAUCAUUGGUACUACUGCAACAGAUCCAGAGGUCAACCAAAUCGAGUACAAUGCGUUUUUGCAAAACCAGACUCCCGGAAUCGUUGAGUUCAGCCAAUCUCACAACAUUGCAGUGGAAGCGUAUUCCCCGCUUGCACCUAUCACCAGCGGUGAUUUGACUCAGGGCAAGGGAUUGGAGUUUGCAAAGUACUUGGAAGAAUUGGGUGCAAAGUAUGGUAAGACAAACACCCAGAUCUUACUCAGGUGGGUCAUUCAAACAAACGUCAUUCCAAUUACAACCACUUCCAAAGUAGAACGUCUACAAGAACUAAAGGGUGUGUUUGGUUGGGAGUUAGAAGCUUCUGAAGUAUCCAAGAUCUCAGAAUUGGGCAAAGCGUAUGGCACCUUGCGCAAGUAUUGGAAGCCCGAAUACUCCAAAUAUGAUUGA